UACCAACGCUACAAGUUUCACACAUAUGGGUUUCAUUAUAGUAAUGCCAAGUUAAUGACCAACUUCUGACCACCUGUUAGCCAUGGUAACUGUUUAAGUUCCUGGCUUUAUUAUUUACUCAUCUCAAAUUAUUCAGCAGUUACAGUAAACUGAUAGUAGGCAGAUUUAUGAGUAUGAAUAGUAAAUGUGGACCUGGAGAUUCUGGAGAUUCUGGUCCUGCAAGGUUUUGAUUUACAUUUUUGGUUUUCCAAUAUUUUUUUUCUCUUUAGAUCCUACAGUACUGUUGACCCUUCUGAGUCUGACCAGAGAAUUGUUAGGCUGCCCGUCAAUCUGCACCUGUAACAGCACCUACACCGACUGCAGCAGCCGCAAUCUCCUGCUUUCCUUCAACUUGAUUUCCAGCCAACUUCCCUUUAACGUCACCACCCUCAACCUCUCCAGAAAUGGCAUCACACUAAUAGAUCCAGGAGCCUUUGCCAACCUCAGCAGCCUGCUGCAACUGGAUAUCUCCAGAAACCAGCUCCUGACCCUCCACCCCUCCACCUUUUACCCACUGAGCAGCCUGGAGUGUCUAGACCUUUCCAGCAACUUCCUGGAGAACCUUCCAGUAGAUCUUUUCUCUGAGCUCAGCAACCUCAGAGAGCUCGUUUUAAGGGACAACAGGUUGACGGAAGUAAACUCCAAACAGUUUCAGAGUCUGGCUGAACUCCAGCACCUGGACCUGUCCUUGAACGGCCUGGCCGCUAUGUCACUGGAUCUCCUGAAUGGACUACAGGGCUUGGAGUGGCUCUCGUUAGCUGGUAAUAAGCUAAGUACGAUUCCGAGAUCAAUACUGGAGCCACUCACUGUGCUACAGCACCUCCUGCUGAAGGGAAAUCAGUGGAACUGCAGUUGCAGUCUAGUGCCAUUCAGACACUGGGUGGAAUGGAUGUUAUAUAGAGGUGGCCAAGUGGACUCUAUAGAGUGCUCUCUUCCUGCAAUCCUACAAGGCCGAGACCUCCGCAUCAUCCCUAUGGACAUGUUCAAACAGUGUUCCCAGCUCCCCUCCUCAGACAUGAGGACCCCUCCUUCAUCCUGUAUGAGCACAACCGAGGGUCUCAUCAUCUCCACUGACUCAACGGCAGCCUGUCUUGAGCAGCAUCCCCGUGCUGGGAACCUGCGCCAAGCAAAUACCACCUUGGUGCUGGCCAGGUUGGUGUGUGGCGUGGUGUGGCUGAUGAUGGUAGUGGUGGCCAUGUACGGCUGCAUCUAUGCCAUGAUGGCGGCCAAAUAUAAGCAGGAACAUCUCAAGAGGAGCCUACUGCUCCAAAAACGGCCACUGACAGAAGUGAAGGAGCCAGAGGUCGAGUAUGAGAAGGAGGAGGAUGAGAAAGAGAUGGAGCCUGGUUUUGAUAAAGGACUUUAGGCUAGAGAGCACAUAGCGUGGAUGGUUUUGCCACCAGAAGUCUGCUUUUGAGGAAACACUUGUAGGCCAUCACUAAACGUAAAUGUCUGUUCUGCUGAUUCAUACAGUUGAUUGAAGCUUUUAUUCAAAUUAACAUUACAAAUAAAGUAGAAUGCAAUCCAAACAUAUUAAGGAGGAGGUGAAGGUUAGAGGAAUUGCUCAAGAGCUCAAAAAUUGAGGAUUUAUAUUAAGUGACCUGUCCUGAGAUUUAAUGUCAUAACCUUCCACUCCCUACCUCAGAACCUCAACCACUGAGCAACCUUCAUCAGCUACAUCAUUUACAUUCCUCAUUCUCCUGUAAUACAGUCCUAUUUGUGCAUAAAGAGAUAAAGUACAUCUCCAGUCUUGGUGAAACUGUAUAUCACAUCCUUUUCUUUCAUAAUUGUAGAUUUGUCUACAAAAUAUCACAAUCUUUUUAAUCAAUUUUAUAUUGAAUAUUUAACUAAUACCAUUUAUUGUUUCAGUGAAUUAAAUGACAAAUAUUAAAAGUACAUUCAGCUCCAGAAGUAUUGACACCCUUCAUGACAAUGACAAUAAUGUAUAUAUUGCAGUGGCAAUAAUUUUUGCUCAUUUUCAUGACAGGUGCCAAUAAAUACAUUGUUGAUGUACAUGCUUAAAAGUGUGUAUACUCCUUUUAUGAUGAAAUGCCAUCAAAGUAUAAUACUAAACAUAUCUAUUUAAAAAUGCUGUCCAAAUUAAAUAUAAAGAAGCUAUAAGCACAGAGGCUUAAAGUUAAGGUUAA